AUGUUCAACUUUACUAAAGUUGGGCGUUGGGUGGUGAGGGAGUUGGACAGGAAAGUUGAGGUGAGGCCUGCUUGGUGGUGCAGUUUGGUGGGGCGUGGUGGGGCGAUACGUGCCACGCUGAGGCAUAGGGCAUGGCGGUUAACUUCUGUGUGCAUGGGCGUGGAGAGCAUGAGCAGGAGCAUCAAUAACCGCCCCUCUCCUUCCCCCCCUUCCCUGCUGCAGGGAUGGCAGGGCCCGACAGCAGCAGUGCAGGGGCACAUGUUCAUAGUAUUAGUAGACUUUGCCUGCUGUGGUGGCAUAGAACUAAUUCUCCUCCCUCGCCCUUGCCCUGCCCCCCCUGCUGCAGGGAUGGCAGGGCCCAACAGCAGCAGUGCAGGGCCACAUGGCCCCACAGCAUCGGUGCAGGGGCACAUGUUUAUAGUAGACUUUGGGGACGACCACAAGUUGAAGGCAUGGGACCCACAUACACAUGCCUGGACGUGGGUUGGCAAGGGGCAAGAAGGAAUGACGUGGAGAGUGGAAGGAGUGAGGAGUGAGGAGGAGGAGGAGGAGGAGGAGGAGGAGGAGGAGGAGGAGGAGGAGGAGGAGGAGGAGGAGGAGGAGGAGGGGGAUGCCGAGGAGCUAAUACAGGUGAAGGUGAUACUUGGGCCGGGAGGGGGGGACAAGGGGUCGGAGCUUGUGCUAACAAACGCGGUGCUGGGCUGCCAGGUGCUCUCCACGUGA